AUGAAAAAGAUGAAGAUUGAUUGCGGAAAUUCUGUUAAUCCGAAAGUAGUGGGACAGUUGUGGGAGAUAAUUGACAGAGAAGGAAUUGCUUUGCACCAGAAGUGCUCUAUCUUUCUUGAAAUGAUGGAAUCAAAGAAAAUGAACGAGGAGCUUGUCAGGAGGAAUAACGAGCUGAUUGAAGAGAAUGCAGCUUUGUCAUCCGUUCUAGAGGGCCACAAAGAGAAUGCAAAUAACUCAGAAAGCCUGGAUGAAGUAUCAAAGUUCGAUGUUGGGAAUAAGAUUUCUUCGCUGAACUAUGAGAUAAGAAGACUGAAUGGCGUCAUUUGUGAAAUGCAAAAAAAGCUUGCCAGGAACAAGAUUCUUACAGAGAUUGAGGAGGCGCCGCAAGCCGAGGAGUCUGGAGAGAAAAAGCAAAUUAUUGCUGAUAGUUCUAUGGUGGCCAAUGAGGUCUACAGGAAAAUUGCCGAAGAGUAUGGAGACCUAAAAGCCAAAAUGGCAGGGCUGGAGAGUAAGCACUGCGAGGAACUUUGUGAAAGAGAUCAGAGGAUAACCAAACUCCAAAGAGAGUUGAACGAGACUAUAUUGAAUUCCAAAGAUGCAGAAGAGAAAUGUAAUACUCUAAAGAUAGAAAAUGAAAAGUGGAGAGAGGCGUUCCAAAGGGUUAACAAAAGAGAAAUAAAUUUGAGCAAUGAGAUAAGCCAGUGCAGCCAGAGGGUCGAUUCGAUAGAUAAGAACAUGCAAAGCAUCACGUCUAGGCUGGGUCUUUGGAAGAGAAAGGUCGAACAAAUAAGUAUCGAAAAAGAGGAACUUUGCAAAGUGAUGGAAAACUACAAAAGUUAUGAGAGGACAAGGAAUAGAGGAUGCGAUAACGAGCAGGGGUCUCUGGAAGAAGAGAUAGCCAAUCUCAUAGAAAGCUUAGACAAAAGCUUAUCCGAGAACAAGGCACUGGUUACAAGGCUUGAGACCUUGCAUAGAAAGAACAGAGAGCUAGAAGGCGAGGUUAUUUCGUUAAAGAUGUCCACCUCGGAUCUCAGCAGUAAAAAUACAAAGCUUGAGCUAGAUAUAAAGCAUCUGAGAAUGGAGAGGAGCUCUACCCUUGGAGAUCCAGAGGACAAAGUAUCAAAAAUCAGGAAGCUAGAGAAUUCCAUUGAAGAGUCCGGCAGGAUGAUUGCAGAUUACAAAAAAAGGCUAUGUAGCAUAUCUGCGGAAAAAGAAGAAACAGAAAAGAUGCUGGAAUCGGUCAAAAAACAGAACAGAGAAAUAAGAAAUGAAAUAUCAAGGAUCUCAAAGGAAUGUUCUCAAAUUGACGCAGAAAACAAAAGGUUAAGCGGGAUACUAAAGGCUGUCCAAAACGGAGAUUCUGAAGGAGAUCCUGAUCUUGCCAUACAGUUGGAAAGAUAUAGAGGCCUUCUCCGAUGCUCUCUUUGCGACACACGCUUCAAGAACACCGCGAUUAUCAAGUGUAUGCAUUGUUUCUGCGAGGAAUGCGUAAAUUCUAGAAUAAGAAUGAGAGAUAGAAAGUGUCCCUCCUGCAACGAGCCCUUUUCGCCUAACGACGUGAGGAAAAUUUACCUGUAG